GGAAGUGUUGCUCAGAAACUCAGCGCUGAGGAAAUAACUGGGGCUGUUGUGAGAGAAAAUGAGGAAGCGAGCGUUUCAGUCACCCUGAACGGACUCUGGGUUUCAGCAGGGGCCCAGCAGCAGGCGGAGCAGAGCGGGGAGCGGCUGCUGGGUUUCAGGACCGCGGUUUCAGCUUCCUCGCGCGGUAUCUAAGGCCAGGGACUGUACGCGCCGUUAGGCGCGGAAUUGAGCUCUUCUGGCCUCCGUGUCUCCGAGGGCUCCCCUGCCGGGAAGGCUGGGGCUAGCCAGGAGAGGCCUGCGCUCGGGCUGUCAGACUUUGACCCUGUUCCUCUGAGAACAUACUGUUGAUGCAGUUAAUACAACAACCUUGUAAGGUGCAAAAUAAUUACUAUAAAGUAUAAAGAAGUGAAAGGAAGAAAAUGGCAAGUGCCAAUCCUGUUUACCACCUCUCAUAUUUCUUUGGCAACAUCGCACGUGAGGAAGCCGAAGAUCACCUGAUUCAAGCAGGGCUGAGCAAUGGACUCUAUUUAUUGCGGCAGAGCCGAAACUAUCUGGGUGGCUUUGCUUUGUCCCUGGUGUAUGAUGGAAAGGUUUUUCAUUACACCAUUGAGAGAGAAAUAAGUGGCACUUAUGCCAUUACAGGAGGAAGAUCCCACAGGAGUCCUGUAGAACUCAUUAGCUAUCACUCGGAAGAAGCUGAAGGUCUUGUUUGCCUACUCAAGACACCGUGUAAUCGACCACCAGGAGUGGAACCAAAAACAAGUCAAUUUGAGGACUUAAAGGAGAAUCUAAUUAGGGAAUAUGUCAAACGAACGUGGAAUCUACACGACCAAGCCCUUGAGCAAGCCAUUAUUAGCCAGAAACCACAGUUAGAAAAAUUGAUUGCUACAACAGCACAUCUGAAGAUGCCCUGGUUCCAUGGGAUGAUAUCUCGGGAGGAAUCGGAGCACCGUGUUCUUCUAGGGAAAAGAAUCAAUGGAAAAUUUUUAAUUAGGGAAAGAGACAACAAUGGAUCCUAUGCUCUCUGUCUACUCAAUGAAGGAAAAGUAGCACAUUAUCGCAUUGAUAAAGACAAGAGGGGGAAACUCUCAAUUCCAGAUGGAAAGAAAUUUGAUACUCUCUGCCAGCUAAUGGAACAUUAUUCUUACAAAGCAGAUGGACUAUUAAGAAUAAUCACAGAGCCAGUUCCAAAUCCAAAUUUGCAUUUAGAAAAUGGUAUCUUUGGCCAGGGCCCACCACUUCCUAAACAUCGAAACAAGACAUGGUCAACAGGUGGAAUUAUCCAAAGGUUCAAGUCAUACACUUUCCCAAAGCCGGGAAGCAAGAAGGCAGCUUUAUCUCUUCCUAGCCAGAGUGAUGAUUCUGCACUACCCCAACCACAUAAAACUUAUGAACCAUCAUGGGGAAGAAGAGGUGAUGACAGGGAAGCUUUACCCAUGGACACGGAAGUCUAUGAAAGCCCAUAUGCAGACCCAGAAGAGGUGAAAGCCAAGAAUGUCACCCUUGACAGAAAUUUACUGACUCUGGAAGAACAAGAACUUGGCUCUGGAAAUUUUGGCACUGUAAAAAAAGGCAGCUAUGAAAUGAAAAAGGGUAAAAAAGUUGUGGCUGUGAAAAUUCUCAAGAAUGAAAGUAAUGAUCCAAGCCUAAAAGAUGAACUGCUACGAGAAGCUAAUGUAAUGCAACAACUGGAUAACCCAUAUAUUGUCCGAAUGAUUGGUAUAUGUGAAGCUGAGUCCUGGAUGUUGGUAAUGGAAAUGGCUGAACUUGGCCCCUUGAAUAAAUACUUGUUAAAAAACAGAGAUGUCACAGAAAAAAAUAUAAUAGAGCUGACUCAUCAAGUUUCCAUGGGGAUGAAAUACUUGGAGGAGAACAACUUUGUACACAGAGAUCUAGCUGCAAGAAAUGUGCUGCUGGUUACACAACAUUAUGCAAAAAUCAGUGACUUUGGACUUUCAAAAGCUCUUGGCUCUAAUGAUUAUUACAAGGCAGAACAUUGCGGGAAAUGGCCCAUCAAGUGGUAUGCUCCAGAAUGCAUAAACUUCUACAAAUUUUCUAGCAAGAGCGAUGUUUGGAGCUUUGGUGUGUUAAUGUGGGAAGCUUUUUCCUAUGGUCAAAAGCCAUACAAAGGCAUGAAAGGAGGGGAGGUUGUUCAGAUGAUUGAAAGAGGGGAGCGAAUGGAAAGUCCAGCAACUUGCCCACCUGAGGUCUAUGAAUUAAUGAAAUUAUGUUGGACAUAUAAUGUUGAUGAUCGACCAGGAUUUUCUGCAGUGGAGUUCAGACUGCGCAACUUCUAUUAUGAUAUUGCGCAAUAAGAAUGCAAGCACGAACUGAUUUGUUCAUGAAAGAAGGCACCACAGGAGGCAGAUGGCAAGAAGUGUGCUUUCCAGUAGUGACAUUAUGAACAGAAGAGCUUUGCUAUGAAAUUACCUUUGCUGCUUUUCAGAGCAUUUCCACAUCUAAAAUAUUUUUCAAGUGGGAUUCCAGUGCAUAUGGACACAUAGUCAUUGGUUAUGCUUUUAAUGCAUCAACUCUGCACUACUGCAGAUCUUCCUGGACACCUGAAAUCACCUUUGGUUCACCCUGGGCAUAUUCUUGCUUCUGACUAGAUACCUGCAGUGAUGUCAAGAAGUCUUCAUUAUUUUGUUUCUUGUUGCUGUUUAGAGACAUCGAUCUUGCCACUUUCAUAGCCUCUCCUCAGGGUCUCCCAAGCAAGGCCUGAUUUUCCGAACAGAGCCCUAAAACUGUUCUAAAUACCAGAGGUUAGCCUUAGAAUGUAUGUAAUGAGGCUGCUUGUGUAUUUGCAUUGAUAUGGCAUACAUGUGCUAAACAAGAACUAUGCCUCAGCCUGUGACACCACUUUCCCCUUACCAUUUCUCCAGUUCUAUAGAAAAAAUGCAACAAAAUCUAAUUGUUUGAGAUGUUUCCUACAACAGCAACAUACUCCAUCCUUCCUUCACUUUGAUUUGUAUAACAAAAUCACUUUCACAUUUAUUAAAAAUAGAUGAACAACAUCUAUUUGUUCAUCUUAAGUGGCAUAAGGUGACCAUAUAACAUUUUGGAAGGGCCUUGCUCUGAAAACUAUACAAUCAUCCACACAUCUGCAACUGGGCACUUUCCACCACAGGGAUCAACUGACAGUGGCACGGAGAUGUAGAUGCAAUUGAGCUGACAAAUGCAAUAGGGGCUUCCAUUUCAAGUUUUGCCCACACUAUGCAAAAUAACUUUUCAGUUGUCUCCUGUGCAUUGUCUGUAUAUAGCCACUCCUGGCCUGUAUUAUUUCGACUGUUUUAUCUCUAAAGGCUAGCUGGGGAAAGGCAUACCUCCAAAUUUCCUUUCCAUGCCACUGCUGGAUCCCCAUGCAUCUGGGCAUCGUGGUUGGGGGUGUUCCAGGGCAGAGGUUCAUGGCAGAACUGAGUAUAUGCACUUGUCAUCAAGCUAUACCAGAUCCGUUCUAAAGCUUCUUACUGAGCUUUCUGAAUGAUAGUCUGCUUGAUAAUCUUUUAAAACUCCAAAAGGUUUGUUAUCCAACAAUAACUGUAGCCCUAUGUUUUCUGUCAUGAAAAGUUAGAAAUAGAGACAUGCUGAGUAGGGGUGUGCAUUUUGGAAUUUUCUUGUUUCGAUUUGUAUCCGAAUCGAAACAUCCCCAUUUUGUUUUGUACCCAAAUUUUCUGAAUCCGAAUCAGCCCUGUUUUGUUUUGUUGCCAAAUUUUCCGAAUCUGAAUCCGAAUCCGAAUUGAUUUGUAUUUUUAAAAAGGGUCCCAGGGCAAAAAGAGUGGGUGGUGGUGGUAGUGUCCAAUGGGUGGAAGCUACCACCCAAAUUUCAAAGGAAUUAGGCAAAGGGCUGAUUUUUUUGUGGAUUUUUUUAAAGUUUACACAUCUUUAAGAAUUUUCCCAUAGGGAAUCAUGGGGAUUCCAGCAAAUGUAUCACUUCAAAUCAAGGGGGAAAGGAUGACCCAGAGCAGAGUGUGGUGGGUGGUAGUGCCCAAUGGGGGUAAGGAAACUUCCAGAAUUAUUUCAAAGGAAUUGGGCAAAGGGCUGAUCUUUUGUGAUUUGUUGAAGUUUACGUGUCUUUAAGAUUCUCCAUGGGGAAUAAUGGAGGUUUCAGCAGCCCCAUAAUUCCACUUGGGGGGCACUGGGGUUGCCCAGAGCGAGGGUUUGUGUAGUGCACAUAAGGUGCCAACCACCCCACACCCACAAGCCUGUGGGAUACUGGGUUUUGUUGUUUCUGAGGUGUUCAUUGUAGAGUCUCUGGUAGCAUAUGAGAUUUUCAGUGAAAAACAAGAAUCCACUCUCAUAUGCUACCAGGGAAUCUACACUCAGAACACCACAGAAACAGCAGAACCCAGCACCCCAUGGGUUAGCAACCCUUUCCCUGGCCAAUGUGGGGUCAGUAAAGAGUGGGAAGAAGCAAAAGAGCCAAUGGGGAACAAGGAGGGAAUUGUCAGCAGGUCAGCCCAUGAUUUAAGUCACUGAUCAGAAGGCUGGAAGGGUGGGAAAUUCAAAGAGAUGUCAAACACAAAAUGGAGACUGACUCAGAGAUCACCACAAAAUGGAGGUCCGAAACAACAAAAUGUUUUGUAGCCGAAAGAGGGACGUUUUGUUUUGUAUACAAAACUUUUGGAUCUGGAAAAUGGGUGUUUUGUUUUGUCUACAAAACACCCAAAACAGGCUGUUUUGGGUACAAAACGUUUUGUAUCCAAAACCUUUCACACAUCCCUAAUGCUAAGUUAUACUGUGGAGGUACAUAGUUAUUUUGUUGCUUUUUAAAAAAGGAAAGCAUAAGCCAUUAAAUACCUGACUUGAAUUUAAGAUAUUUUAUUUGGCAAGUCUUUUUAUUUAAAAAAAUAGAAUCUUAUUUUUUCUCCCCAGUAAUCAUGGAUAGGCAGUGCUCUUUUUGUAUACUUGUCAGAAAUCACGGUAAAUGGCUAAAACAUUGUAUCUGUUUCCAUGGCAAAAUACAUGGUGUUUGUUUGGAAGAACUCUGAGCCACUUGUUUCUAUAUAAUAAAUAUGAGUGAUAUUUACAAAGGG